AUGGGUGACAAACCCAUUGUCUUUACCGAGCAUGUUCAGCUCACCGCGCUGGGCAUCCAGCCCGCCUCCAUCUCGUUCCAGACGUUGACUCUUGAAUCAGACCACUUCAUUUGCGUGCGGGAAAAUGUCAACGACACGAACCAGGUUGUCAUCGUCGACCUGGCUGAUGCCAACAAUGUCAUGAGGCGGCCAACCGGUCGUCAGCUCCAGGUCUUCAAUCUCGCGACGAAGCAGAAGCUCGGAUCUCACGUCAUGAACGAGGAUGUCACUUUCUGGGCCUGGAUCAACGACACGACCCUCGGCAUGGUCACUGAGCACUCGGUUUACCACUGGAAGGUGACUGAGGGCCAGGCUGCGCCCCAGAAGAUCUUCGAUCGCCACGCUUCGCUGAAUGGCAAUCAGAUUAUCAACUACCGCAUGAGCGAGGACGGCCAGUGGCUCGUCCUCGUCGGAAUCUCGUCGAACCCCGCUGCCGGGCAGCCCGGCUCGAACGCCUUCAAGAUCAAGGGAUCGAUGCAGCUCUACUCGCUCGAGCGCGGUGUCUCGCAGCCCAUUGAGGGCCACGCCGCUGCUUUCACCUCUGUCAAGAUGGAGGGCGCCUCGCAGCCUAGCAAGCUGUUCUGUUUCGCCGUCCGUUCCGGCAACGGCGCCAAGCUCCAUGUCGUCGAGAUCGGCCACCAGGCUGGUCAGCCCGCGUUCCCCAAGAAGGCCGUCGACGUCUUCUUCCCGCCGGAGGCCACCAACGACUUCCCCGUUGCCAUGCAGGUCUCGAAGAAGCACGGCAUCAUCUACCUUGUCACCAAGUUCGGCUUCAUCCACCUUUACGAGGUCGAGAGCGGACAGUGCAUCUACAUGAACCGCAUCUCGGGCGACACCAUCUUCACGACCGCCCCCUACGAGCAGCUCAACGGUAUCAUUGGUGUCAACCGCAAGGGCCAGGUCCUCUCCGUCAGCGUUGACGAGGACACCAUUGUUCCCUUCAUCCAGAGUAAGUUGGGCUUUCAAGGUAUCAUCUGA